AUUUCCAAUCCCUAACCUCAAUUCCCUCUUGCAAACACACCCCUAGGCCUAGAAAGUGUAGUGCGUCAAGAGUAAGGAACACUUCUAGGACAAAUUGAUUUCUGAUGAUUAUGAAAUGUGACUAGAUUUUAACGAAUCAGUUGUCGUAAAUCUAUCACUCACCUUUUUUUCUUAUGCAUAUAUGAGACCUAUAAUGAGUGACGAGAACUCGAUGGUGGAUUAAUGUUAGUUCUAUAAAGCAAUUGUACGGAACAUUGAUAAUAAAAUAAGGAUUUGAAAUCAAUUGAGGGGAAUGCAUUAUGCAAAGAUCACUGCUUGGAGUACUUAAUAAUUAUUUUCAAAUCCACAAUUUCUUUGUUAUUUCUACCUUUUCAAUCUCUAGAUUUACACUUAACUUGAUCCGUCUAAAUCAUACCAACGCUAAAGAAUUGCUGUUUUCUGAAAUAGCCAAAACCACCAAAUGGGAUACUGAACCAGAUGAUUUCACUUUGGUACAAAUGAUUCGAAAUUGUACCAAUCGUGGACAUGUUAUUCAGGGAAAACAGCUACAUUCCUAUGCUUUACGUUCGGGGUCCGCUUCAAAUGUCUAUGUUUGUACAUCUUUAGUUAGUUUCUAUUCCAAAAUUGUGUCAAUGAACGAUGCUCAUAAACUGUUCGAUGAAAUGCCUCGACCAAAUAUUGUAUCUUGGAAUACUAUGAUUUCUGGGUAUGUACAUUCUGGGAAAUUAUGGAAAUCUUUGUCCCUUUUCAUUGAGCUUGGGCGAUCAGAGCUUCGAGCUGAUGCGUAUUCGUUUACUUCUGCUUUAGCUGCAUGCGGUCUGUUGAUUCUGCUGCAUUUAGGUGUGUCGAUACACUCGAAAAUUAUUGUGUAUGGCCUGGCAUCUAGUGUUUUUGUGACAAACUGUUUGAUUGAUAUGUACGGCAAGUGCAGUUCAGAAGCUGCAGCUAUUCGUGUGUUUCAUGAGCUGACGGAUAAGGAUGUGAUUUCAUGGAAUUCUGUUAUUGCAGCUUGUGCUCGAAAUCAAAGGCUUGAACUUGCAUAUCACUACUUUAUUCAGAUGCCUUGUUCUGAUACUAUCACUUAUAAUGAAAUGAUUUGCGGUGUUUCGCAGUAUGGUGAGAUAGAUGAGGCUUUUAAGAUUUUGAAAAGUAUGCCGAAACCAAAUUCAUCAUCAUGGAACGCGAUUAUAUCAGGCUAUGUGAAUAGGAACAGGGCAGGAGAAGCUCUUAGUAUCUUUGGUCAAAUGUAUGCAAGUGCAAUUAAAAUGGAUGAGUUCACAUUUUCUAGCAUUUUACGCGGGAUUGCUAGCGUUUCUGCUCUAAGAUGGGGAACAUUGGUUCAUUCUUGCUGCAUCAAACAUGGUCAACUUACUUCAAUGAUCAUCGGGAGUGCCCUUAUUGACAUGUACUCGAAGUGUGGACAGAUUCAAGAUGCGGAACUGGUGUUUCAGCACAUGCCUCGAAGGAAUAUUGUUAGUUGGAAUGCAUUAAUUUCCGGCCUUGCACAUAAUGGGGAAUCGCAUAGGGUGGUUCAAUACUUCGAGAAGUUAAAAGGUGUAAAAUGGUUGAAGCCUGAUGAUAUCACCUUCGUUAAUGUUUUGGCAGCUUGCUCGCUUUGCCGAAUGCCAUUACAGAAAGCUUACGAGUAUAUAAUGUCCAUGGUGUAUGAUUACGGAAUCAAACCAAAGCCUCAGCAUGUAGGUUCAGUUUUUAAAGUUAUGGGACAAUAUGGGCAGUUAAGCAAGGCUGUUAAGAUUAUUCAUGAACUUGGAUUUGAGUCGAGCCCACCUGUUUGGAGAGCCUUGCUUGGUGCUUGUGGAGCUUGUGGGGAUCUUGAAGUUGCCAAGAUUGCAGCAACAAAGUUGAUAAAGUUGGAGAAUGACGAGGCCGGAUUUGUGAUUUUGUCUAACAUCCACAAGAAUCGGGGCAAUUGGGAAGACGCAUCUGCACUCUGGGAGCAAAUGAGACUCGAAGGAGUGAUGAAAGAACCUGGGUUUAGUUCGAUUGAAAGCAAAAACCAAUAACAUGUCUGGGUCAUUACUGCCGGGUCCACAUCCACAUCCUUUUAUAUUUUUAACUCCUUAUUAAGUUUUAACAUUAUACCAAAAAGUUUGAAAAUUUUAAAGUUUCAUAAUUAAAAAGAAUUUUCCAAAAGAAAAUUAUUUAUUAGCUAAAGAACAAUAACAUGGCAUUUCACCUU